AUGGUUUCUCUGUUGGAUUUGCCUGNCAUGGACAGAAGCAGAAGUGAUUAUCUAUGGCAGAAACACAUGGAGAGAAAAUGGGGUAAAGUGAUAGGUGAUGUUGCUUAUAGGCAAUGGCAAUGCCAUGUAGCUUCAAGAACCAAAGAGAAGAUGUUCAACCAAAGCAAUCAGAGAGGAAUAUUUGCUUCUCUUCGUAGUUUUUCCCCAUUCCUAUGGCUCAAACCAAGAACAGGAAAGGGUGAUAAUAAGUUAAGGAACUCAUUGCCUGAAGAUUCAACCAUGGCUUUGUAUCUUUCUCUUGAGAGUGGCAUGUUUUGGUUCCCUGCUCAAGUCUAUAACCGUGAGAAUGGUCAUGCUGGGUUCAUGCUUUCAUGUUAUGAUGCUCUUUUGUGCUAUGACUCUAGAACUGACACCUUUCAGGCAAGGUACUCACCUAAUGGAAGAUGGACAACUGAAGAAAACAUACAAUGGGACAGGUUGAGAGUACCACCAAUUGACAAUUCUCCACAUGUUCUUCAUAUCUCUGAUUGUUUAGAUGACUUAAGACCUGGUGAUCAUAUUGAGAUCCAGUGGAGGAGAAAUAAAGAGUUUCCAUAUGGUUGGUGGUAUGGUGUCAUUGGUCAUUUGGAAUCAUGUCAAGGAUAUGCAAACCAGUGCCUUUGUCACAAAAAUGAUAUGGUGAUUUUGGAGUUCAACCAAUACACCCCUGGUUCAAGGUGGAGACAAACCAUGAUAAACAGGAAGCAUCAUAGAGAAGAAGGAAAUGAAAUAGAUGGUUUCUAUGGUGGAAUUAGGAAGCUGCAUAGCAAUGAGGAGAUUACAACGUGGAAAAGCCUCUGGCCAACCAAAACUGUUGAAUGAAUGAGUUGACUCAUAGCUUAGAUCUUUGUAUAUUUUAAUUGUUACAAGGAUGAAUUUGUCAUUGAAUGAUGUCAUUCCUAACAAAAGGUAUAGCAUAGAAAAGACUAAAGAGUACUACAUUGGAUGAAUUUUCACACACUCCUUAACACACUCUAUUGCCAAUUUAUAGUAGUGUAUAUGUUAUAUAUUUUCUUGCUAGCUAUGCUCAUUCUCUUUCUUAA